UGGACUCUGCACCAACACCACAAGAGCACUGCAGUGUGUGUGAAACCAAUUUUAUUUUUAUUUAUAACAAUUUUUGCGUUUAUAGACACAACAAAAAUAAUAAGUUGCAAUAUACAGAUCCUAGAAUACAAUCCACCAGCUGUGCUCGCCCCAAUUGUCGACAUCAGUGGCCGCAUUACCCGAUUUUCCACUGCCUGUGCCUGCCCACAAAACCUGCCACAAUUGCCAGCAAUUUUUGUAGAUUAUUAUUUCGAAUCAAUUGUGCGAAUAUCCAAGAGCUAAUUCACUGACACGUCACAGAAAUUUCUUAAGAACGGUGCGGCACUUGCCGGAACAGGCUACGCAGCAGACGAAUUUGGUGGGCCCGAGUGAAAGGCAAAACAGACCCCAGAGGCAACAGGAACACUGCAUGGCAAUGGACUUUUUGUUCGGUUCGCGUUCUAGCAAAACCUUUAAGCCGAAGAAGAACAUACCGGAAGGCACGCAUCAAUAUGAUCUUAUGAAGCAUGCCGCCGCCACUCUGGGAUCCGGUAACCUGCGCAAUGCAGUGGCUCUGCCCGACGGCGAGGAUCUCAACGAAUGGGUGGCCGUUAACACUGUGGACUUUUUCAAUCAGAUAAACAUGCUGUAUGGCACGAUCACGGAGUUCUGCACGGAGGAGAGCUGUGGCAUUAUGUCGGCUGGUCCGAAAUAUGAAUACCAUUGGGCUGACGGUUUGACCGUGAAGAAGCCCAUCAAGUGCAGCGCCCCCAAGUACAUUGAUUAUCUGAUGACUUGGGUGCAGGACCAGCUGGACGAUGAGACGCUGUUUCCAUCGAAAAUUGGUGUGCCGUUUCCAAAGAACUUUCUCACCUCCGCCAAGACCAUACUGAAGCGUUUGUUCAGGGUCUAUGCCCACAUCUAUCAUCAGCACUUCUCCGAGGUGGUGACGCUGGGCGAGGAGGCCCAUCUGAAUACGUCCUUUAAGCAUUUCAUAUUCUUUGUGCAAGAGUUCAAUCUGAUCGAGCGGCGCGAGCUGGCCCCGCUGCAGGAGCUCAUCGACAAGCUGACGGCAAAGGACGAGCGGCAGAUAUAGGAAUCACUGCAAGUGGUGGACACUGGCGGUGGCGGUGGUAUCGGCAUCGGCAUGCAAUUGGACUUGUGAUGGGAGCGCUCUGGUAGACUUGUGUAUUACGCUUUAGUUAGUUACCGCCUUUCCUUUAAUUUUUCUUUAAUUUCCUCGUUUAUGCAUAGAUUUUAAGUUUCGUUCAGUGCUUCGUGUGGUCCCACUAAAAACAAAACAUACAAAACACUAACUAUAGCGGGCUAAUAUAAUGCUGAUGAUGAACAUGAUGGAGCAACUACUAUAUUUUGAUAUGUGACUCGUAACUUUAAGAGAUAUAUAGCAUAUUUAUCUAUAUAUAUAUAUAUAUGUGUGUAUGUAUAUGUAAAAGAGAAAACCAGAGAACAGCAGCACGCCUUCUAUAACCCGCACACAAACACACACUCACACACACACACCCCCCGCUUAUGGAAAGAAAACCAAAACAAACAACAUUAUGUUCACAACAAACACAAUGCGUUUAAUCGUUUUUCGCCCAAAUGUAUGUAUGUAUUUAUUACUAUUAAACUAUCGCAUAUGUAUAGCUCGGAGCUCGGCGUCGUGCAUCGGAUGGAACUGAUCGACUGUUUGUAAGGCCAAAACCCUCCCAGCAAUAGCAUUGUGAGGCGACGCUCGACAGCACCCAAUAAAUGAUAAUAAUUGUAGACUUGAUAAACAUUUUUGAUACGUUUUAUACUAAUAAAGAGAAUAUUAUGAAUACA